GUGUCCGUCUGCGGGCGGUGCUCCGCCGCUUUCCCCCUCACUCUUGUCUACCUGCUGCCGAGUCCCAGCAGCAUUACUGAGCUAACACGCAGAUGUUCCAGUUCCUGCAUAGAGCUUCUCGAUCACACUAACCUCCAGUUCUCAGCUGAAGACUUUGUAUCGAGACUUUAACCUGAAGCGUGCCUGCGGCUCCACACAGAGGGAAUGCAUUUUUAACACCUGGGUCUGAAAGUAAAGCGACACAAGACAACACCGCUGCCGGGGGUCGGCAUGGAUGCAUUACGCGCUGCCCAUCUUUCGUCAGCGUGCAGCAGGUCGUCCGUCGGGGGAGCUUUUCACGACGAAAACACACCCUUCGGGAAAGCUCAGUUCCAGGUGCCCGUGAAAAAACAAGCCGUGAAGAGGCACCACCACAAACACAACCUGAAACACAGGUACGAGUUUCUGGAGACCCUCGGAAAAGGAACCUACGGCAAGGUGAAGAAGGCCAAGGAAAGGUCCGGUAGACUGGUUGCUGUAAAAUCUAUCAGAAAGGAGAAGAUCAAGGAUGAGCAAGAUCUGAUUCACAUUCGCAGAGAAAUCGAGAUCAUGUCCUCGCUCUGUCAUCCGCACAUCAUCACCAUAUAUGAAGUAUUUGAGAACAAGGACAAAAUUGUGAUUGUGAUGGAGUAUGCCAGCCGAGGGGAUCUGUAUGACUACAUCUGUGACAAGAAAAGCAUCCCCGAGCGGGAGGCCAGGCAUUUCUUCAGGCAGAUUGUGUCAGCUGUCCACUACUGUCAUCAGAACGGAAUCGUACACCGGGACCUGAAACUGGAGAAUAUUUUACUGGAUGAAAACGGCAAUGUUAAGAUUGCAGACUUUGGGCUGUCGAACCUCUACCACGGUGACGAGUUACUUCAGACUUUUUGUGGCAGUCCUUUAUAUGCCUCCCCGGAGAUUGUCAACGGGCGUCCGUACCAUGGCCCAGAGGUGGACACUUGGUCUCUUGGGGUGCUUUUGUACACGCUGGUUCACGGAACCAUGCCGUUUGACGGAAACAACCACAAGAUGCUAGUGCAGCAGAUCAGCACUGGAAACUACCGGAAACCAAACAAACCCUCUGAUGCAUGUGGACUCAUCCGCUGGAUGCUGAUGGUGAAUCCUGACCGCCGAGCUACAAUAGAGGAGAUUGCCGGUCACUGGUGGCUCAACUGGGGCUACCCGCAACCGUUACUGUGUGAGAGAAGGAGCAGUCAUGUGGAGCAGACCUCUGCCCCAGUAUCUCCGUCAACAUCACAGCCUGCUGGGCUGGCCGGUGUUGCUAGUUGGCUGCGUCGUACAUCCAGGCCUUUACUGGAGAAUGGCUCCAAGAUGCGCUGCCUGCUCCGCACGCAGGGCGGUGCAGGGGAUGUAGUCCGACAACGGUCCCUGCGAAGGUCACGUAAGGAGAAUAACAUCUCCCAGACAGUUCACGAGGGUAGCACAGACACUCGGCCCUCCAAGGGUAUUCUGAAGAGGCGUAAUAGUGUGAAACAGAAGUCGAUAAGCGAAACAUCAACUGUCAGUUUAGUGGAGCCACAAAAAAUCUUGGACUUGUCUGCACCAAGUAAAGCACCUUCAGCUGCACAGCUGCCUCGCAAAGGUAUCCUAAAAAAGCCUGCUGAGCAAGAGUCGGGGUAUUACUCAUCAUCUCCAGAGAACAGUGACUCUGGCUUGGUAACGCAAACUAAAGAGUGCCCUUCAGCACCACCCUACAGGAAGGGCAUCCUCAAGCGUAAUGGAAAGUUCUCCUCUGGUGGGUUACAUGAGUUUGGGUCUUUGGACCAGCUGGCGACAUCUCUGCCCCAUGGAGGUGGCCGAUCGAGACCAAGCUUAGCCAUCAGCGAAGAUAGCAUUUUAUCUUCAGAGUCCUUUGAUCAGCUGGAUCUACCAGACCACGUGAGACCAGCAAUCCAAAUGGAUAAACCAGCCAAGGCGAACAUGAGAGGCUGCGUUUCUGCUGACAACCUUCUGGACAUCCAAGAAGACAGAACUGUGUCCGAUGGGCUGUUGAGGUCCUGGGACUGUUACAAGUCUGGAGUGGCUGACAGUGCCUUUUCGAUUUCAGACUGUGAUAACGUCACAGAGGCUUACAAACAGGCCAUGGUCAUACGAGGCUCCAAUGCAAGCUGAAGACCAGUAAUAAGGGACAAUUCAUCCUGAAUUUUUAAGUGACUUUAACACUACUGUGGUCAUGAAAGCCAAAGUGCAUUAUGUGAAAAUACCAGAACACUGUAAGGUGAUCGUUUUGGCAGAAUUCAGGAAUUAACACCGUACCAAAACAAGGGAGAAGACUGAUUGUAUUUGAGAUGGUCGAUUUGAUUUAACCGAAACUAAAAUAAGGAAAUGCAAUUACGCAAAGGAAAUGUUACAGAGUGCAAUUUGACAACUUUCAUCAAACGGUCUCAGGAGAAGAGAGCUUGAACUCUGGUUUUCAUUGUUAGAGGUUGCUAGUCAAUUAAUUCACAAUGAAACCAAAAGCACUUCAGAGACGGACAUUCGGGAGACAUUUUUAUUACAGUUACAGUAGAUCUGAAGAAAGUUCAGUGAGUGUUAUUUGGAUUCUAGCUUCGUAAUGUUUGUCUAGGAUGAAGACAACAGUAGCACACAGUUUCGAUGCUGAAAUGAGUUUUGUUUAUGGGUAAGGUAACAUUUCACGGAUGCCAAAGAGCAGAUUUGCAAACCUUGGCGAUAAAAAUCCCCAGCAAAAUGUGCCAAGUUUUGAUGUUUGAAACCGGGACUACUGACUUUUUUAUAUAUAAAUGUUUUUCCUGAAAUGACUUGUUCUGUGUUUGGAUAAUGACUUGAAUAAUAAUAGUGACCCUAUGAAUCACUGGCCUAACCAGUCGAACCUGCCUUUGCUUGCUAGCGUGCGCUGAUACAAGUGCACAAACAGCCUUUGAGUCUACAUACACGUGUGGGAGUUUUACAAAAACAGGUGGGGCCCAGUUUUUGUUUUGUUUUUUUUAAUUUUAUUUUUGAAAAUCAACAAUAUCAAAUUCCCCAACUAAUUACUAGUUGUUUGUUUUAUGAAGAUGAAUCAUCGGUUAUGAAACAGCGUAGGGUUUUAUAAGGUCAGAUAACACCAGUUAAAAAUAGCGCUGCUAAAAUAAUCACUGAAUCAAAACUAGAGUUCAAAUUAAAAUCAUAAAUUAGGCAUACAGAUAUUGAUCCUUAAUUAAGCUUGACCAGAUAUUUUCGUAGCUACCGGGCUCUGUCUUGCUUUAUAAAAUACUCCUGGUAUUCAGCUACAUCAACAUGUAUGUUUGAUUUUCAUUUGGAUGCUAAGCCAGCGCCUGGAAUCGCACUUUCAGGCCACUGAAACCUGAUAACUACACCAUUUAUUUAUCAGUGUCAUGUAACAAGAGUUGCACAAAGCCAUUGAUGCAAGCUGCAGAACCAUGUUGUUCAGAAACAUCGUGGUUCUGAUGAAGGAGGCUCAUCAGGAAUUGAAAGCCUGUUCAUAUGCAAAAGAUACAUUUUUUUAUUUUAAUUAUUAGAAGUUUGUUUUUUGUUUUUUCCUUAAUUUCUGGAAUCUGAUGGAUUGUAUUAAGAUGAAGGUAAAACUCAUUCUCACAGAUGAUCUUUGAUUAUUCAGGUGUGACAGGGAAAAAAUUGUUAGUAAGAUGUUUGUUUUUGCCUUUUUUUUUUUCUUUUUUUUAAAAAUGUGUAACAAUUUAAUAUGUUUGUUGUAAUGUGGGCAUUUCAUUGUUUUUGUUUCUCCCUUUCCCUUAUCCCACAUAUUUCAGGUUUAAUUUAAACCAUGUCUGCCAAAGUUACUGGCUUAUCAUUUGUAUGACUGGUCUGCUGUGUUGUCCUUGCUGGGAUGAGGAAGUCAAUAAAAAACGACAACAAACAA